UUCAGAAGCCGGCGCCAGCGGUUUUGUGUACGUUGCUGGGACAGCUGCUGCAGGGAGCUUUGCAGAGAGCAUGGGUGAGCUGGAAAACCACGCCAUGCAUGGCGUCGCCCCAGCCCCACAUCCAGGCCAUAGUCACUGAGAGGCAUCGGAUGGGCGAGUGUCCCGUGUGGGAGGAGGCCACGGGACAGCUGGUCUACGUGGACAUCCUCGCGCAGACCGUGUGCCGCUUGUGCCCGCACAAGGCGCAGGUGCAGACGGUGCGGCUGGGAGACCCCGUGGGCUGCGUGGCUCUGCGCGACAAGGACCCGGGCAGCUACGUGGUGGCCGCGGGCACGCGCGUGGGACUGCUGGACUGGGACUCGCAGGACGUGCAGUGGGUGGCGCAGUUGGACGGACAGACGCCUGGCAUCCGGGUCAAUGACGGCAAGGUGGACCCCGCGGGGCGCUUCGUGACAGGCACCAUGCCCGAGCCCCUGGCCCCCGGGGUGUGGGAACCCGCGCAGGGAGCCCUCUACUCGCUCCACGGGGACCACGUGGUGCGGAAGCUCGCCGACCGGCUGGGCAUCUCCAACGGGCUGGACUGGUCACCUGACCAGCGCACGUUCUAUCACGUGGACAGCCUGGACUACGCCGUGUACGCCUAUGACUAUGACGUGCAGGCGGGGACCAUCGAGAACCGCCGGCUCCUGCUCCAGCUGCCGCGGGGCGGGGCGAUGCCCGACGGGCUGUGCGUGGACAGCGCAGGGUCGCUGUGGGUGGCGUGCAUCGACGGGGGCCGCGUGAUCCGCGUGGACCCGCACACGGGGUCACGCGUGGGAACCCUGGAAUUCCCCGUGUCCCGCGUCACUUCCUGCUGCUUCGGUGGCGCUGACUAUGCGGAUCUCUUCGUGACGUCAGCAGCCGACGGGCUGAGCGAGGAGCAGCUGCGGGGGGGAGCCGCAGGCGGGGUCACGUGUUCAAGGUCUCCGGCCUGGGCGUUCGCGGACGCGCGUGUUUCUCCUUCGUAGGCUGAGGCCAAGUCCUGUCCAGGUGACCCCCGUGACCCCCAUGACCCCUGCGAACCCCCGUGACCCCCAUGACUUCCCCAUGUGAAACCCGUGACUCCCGUGUCCCCAUGACUUCCAUCAUAAAUCCUGCUGUGACGUGUUUC